AAAAUGCCUCCGUCUACUCUCUAUUUCUUGGAAAGAAAUGAACAAAAGGGACAGAGUUCAUUGAAGAAUUGUUCAUAGUUUGAUACCCUCUUCAUAUUCUUUUCAUUACUUGUUCCACGUUCUUGUUUUUUUCUUUUUUUUUUUGCCCGGGAAAAUCAAGCAUCUUCAAAAUUUUCAUUAUUUUGGUACAUUGGUUGUAAGAGCUAAAAAGUGAUAAAAAAAAAUGGCGUCUUUGUUCGCCCCUGAAGAUUUUGUUAGGCAGGUGAGUAGUAGGAGGUCGUCCAGCAGUUGGCGGGCCUCGAGUGUUAGAGAAAUGUGGAAUGCACCGGAUGUGUUUCAGAGAAGUGGGAGGCAGGAAGUUGAUGAUGAAGAGGAGCUGAAAUGGGCGGCACUAGAGAGGCUGCCAACUUAUGACAGGCUGAGGAAGGGGAUGCUGAAGCAUGUCACGAGUAAUGGCAGGGUUUUGCAUGAAGAGAAAGAUGUCACAAAGCUUGAGCCACAAGAUAAGAAGCAGUUGAUGGAUAGCAUACUCAACAUUGUCGAGGACGAUAACGAGAGGUUCUUGAUGAGAUUAAGGGACAGAACUGACAGGGUAGGAAUUGAGAUUCCUAAGGUUGAAAUUAGAUUUCAGAAUUUAUCUGUUGAAGGAGAUGCACAUGUUGGGACCAGAGCACUUCCAACCUUGUUGAAUUCCACGUUGAAUGCAGUUGAGGCACUUCUUGAACUAGUUGGACUUUCUCCAUCAAAGAAAAGGGUUGUAAAGAUUCUCCAAGAUGUGAGUGGGGUAAUAAAACCAUCAAGAAUGACACUACUCCUCGGACCUCCUGGCUCAGGAAAAACUACACUGCUGAAAGCACUUGCUGGGAAACUUGAUGAUGAUUUAAGGGUAACUGGCAGUGUCACCUACUGUGGACAUGAAUUUUCUGAGUUUGUCCCUCAGAGAACUAGUGCUUAUAUUAGCCAGCAUGACCUGCACCAUGGUGAGAUGACAGUUCGGGAGACUUUAGAUUUUUCUGGGCGUUGUUUGGGGGUUGGUACAAGGUAUGAAAUGAUGCUAGAGUUAUCGAGAAGAGAGAAGGAAGCUGGCAUUAAACCAGAUCCAGAGAUUGAUGCAUUCAUGAAAGCCACAGCUAUGGCUGGACAGGAGACUAGUUUGAUCACAGAUUAUGUCCUCAGGAUACUUGGACUGGACAUAUGUGCUGAUAUUAUGGUGGGGGAUGAUAUGAGAAGGGGUAUCUCUGGAGGUCAAAAGAAGCGUGUAACAACUGGAGAAAUGUUGGUUGGGCCAGCAAAAGCAUUUUUCAUGGAUGAAAUAUCGACAGGGCUAGACAGUUCCACCACAUUCCAAAUUGUCAGGUUUUUGAAGCAGAUGGUUCAUAUUAUGGAUGUUUCAAUGGUCAUUUCCCUCUUGCAACCAGCACCUGAGACAUUUGAACUCUUUGAUAAUGUUAUCCUUCUUUCUGAGGGUCAAAUUGUCUACCAAGGUCCUAGAGAGAAUGUUCUUGAGUUCUUUGAAUAUAUGGGCUUCAAAUGCCCUGAAAGGAAGGGAGUUGCAGACUUUCUGCAGGAAGUAACUUCCAAGAAAGACCAAGAACAGUACUGGUUCAAGGAGAACCAACCUUACAGAUUUAUUUCAGUUCCCGAGUUUGCACGGACUUUCAAUUCAUUUCAUGUUGGUCAACAGCUUUCAGAAGUUCUAAGAGUUCCUUUCAAUAAAUCCACAGCCCAUCCUGCUUCUUUAGUGAAAGAGAAGUAUGGUAUCUCCAAUUGGGAACUCUUCAGGGCUUGCUUUUCUAGGGAAUUGCUGCUUAUGAAGCGCAAUUCUUUUGUUUACAUUUUCAAGACUUCCCAGCUAAUCUUCAUGGCUACAAUUGCCUUUACGGUCUUCCUGAGAACAGAAAUGAAAGCUGGUCAGAUAGAUGAUGGAGCAAAAUUUUGGGGAGCAUUGUUUUUCAGUCUCCUUAAUGUUAUGUUCAAUGGGUUGGCAGAGUUGGCAAUGACCAUUUUUAGGCUGCCGGUGUUCUUUAAGCAGAGAGACUCCCUGUUUUACCCUUCAUGGGCCUUUGCCUUGCCAAUUUGGAUCACAAGAAUUCCUGUCUCCCUGAUGGAAUCUGCAAUUUGGAUUGUUCUUACAUAUUACACCAUUGGGUUUGCACCUGCUGCGAGUAGGUUCUUCAAACAAUUCUUGGCCUUCUUUGCCAUAAACCAAAUGGCCCUCUCCCUCUUCCGCUUCGUUGCAGCUGUUGGUAGAAGUGAAGUGGUUGCCAACACACUUGGUACAUUUACUUUGCUACUGGUGUUCUUGCUAGGAGGUUUCAUUGUGGCCAAAGGUGACAUUGCUACAUGGAUGAUAUGGGGCUAUUACAUUUCUCCUAUGAUGUAUGGGCAAAAUGCCAUUGCUAUUAAUGAAUUUCUUGAUGACAGAUGGAGCACACCCAAUGGCAACUCCACUGUUGGCAAGACCCUUCUUAAGAGUAGAGGCCUGUACACAGAAGAACAUUUCUAUUGGAUUUGUGUUGGAGCACUUUUUGCAUUUUCCCUUCUUUUCAAUCUUCUAUUCAUUGCAGCAUUGACAUUUUUGAAUCCUCUGGGAGAUUCUAAGGCUGUGAUUGUGGAAGAUGACUCCAAAAGCAAGAAGAAGAGGCAGUCAACAUCCAAUUCAGAAGGCAUUGACAUGUCAGUGAGAAAUGAUAAGGGGAAUUCCAGCUCAAUUGUCAGUGGUGGAAAUGGUCAAGCCAAAAAGGGGAUGGUUUUACCUUUCCAGCCCCUUUCACUUGCUUUCAACCAUAUGAAUUACUCUGUGGAUAUGCCAGCAGAAAUGAAGAGUCAAGAUGUUGAAGAGAGCCGGUUACAGUUGCUAAGAGAUGUUAGUGGUGCUUUCAGGCCCGGUGUUCUGACUGCUCUAGUAGGUGUCAGUGGUGCUGGAAAGACAACUUUGAUGGAUGUCUUAGCAGGCAGGAAGACUGGGGGAUACAUUGAAGGAACUAUAAGCAUUUCAGGAUACCCAAAGAACCAAGCCACAUUUGCUAGGGUCAGCGGCUACUGUGAACAGAAUGAUAUCCACUCACCCUAUGUUACUGUCUAUGAAUCUCUACUAUACUCUGCCUGGCUACGUCUUGCUUCAGAUGUAAAUAAGAAAACACGAAAGAUGUUUGUUGAGGAAGUUAUGGAGUUGGUUGAGCUCAACCCUUUGAGGAAUGCUCUAGUUGGUCUUCCGGGAGUAGAUGGUCUUUCCACUGAACAAAGGAAGAGGCUGACCAUAGCUGUAGAAUUGGUUGCCAAUCCCUCCAUCAUCUUCAUGGAUGAGCCUACAUCAGGCCUUGAUGCUAGAGCUGCUGCUAUUGUUAUGCGUACUGUGAGGAACACAGUAGAUACAGGAAGAACUGUGGUCUGUACAAUCCAUCAACCAAGUAUUGAUAUCUUUGAAGCUUUUGAUGAGCUCUUGUUGAUGAAAAGGGGAGGACAAGUAAUAUAUGCUGGACCUCUUGGUCGCCAUUCUCACGAGCUUGUUGAAUACUUUGAGGCUAUUCCUGGAGUUACCAAAAUUAAAGAGGGCUAUAACCCUGCCACCUGGAUGUUGGAGGUCACUUCCACUGCAGUUGAGGCUCAGCUUGAUGUUGAUUUUGCCGAAGUUUAUGCCAACUCUGAUCUCUAUAGGAGAAACCAAGAACUCAUAAAAGAACUAAGCACUCCUCAACCAGAUUCCAAGGAUCUUUACUUCCCCACUAAAUAUUCUCAGGGCUUCAUCACCCAAUGCAAGGCAUGUUUCUGGAAACAACACUGGUCAUAUUGGAGGAACUCACGAUACAAUGCUAUCCGGUUCUGUAUGACUAUUAUCUUUGGUAUUGUGUUUGGUUUCAUAUUCUGGGGCAAAGGAGACCAAAACCAAAUAGACAAUCAACAGGACCUGAUCAAUCUUCUAGGAGCUACAUAUGCUGCUGUUCUUUUCCUUGGAGCCACCAAUAGUUCAGCUGUGCAAUCUGUUGUGGCAGUUGAAAGAACAGUCUUCUACCGUGAAAGAGCAGCAGGGAUGUAUUCAGAAUUACCUUAUGCAUUUGCUCAGGUGGCCAUUGAGACGGUUUAUGUCAUAAUUCAAACCCUUAUUUAUUCUCUACUUCUGUUCUCGAUGAUUGGGUUUCAGUGGCAAGCAGACAAGUUUUUCUACUUCUACUACUUCAUAUUAAUGUGUUUCACAUAUUUCUCAAUGUAUGGGAUGAUGUUGAUUGCUCUCACUCCUGGUCAACAAAUUGCUGCGAUUGUUAUGUCCUUCUUGCUUAGCUUCUGGAACUUAUUCUCUGGUUUCAUGAUCCCUAGACCGCUAAUCCCUGUGUGGUGGAGGUGGUACUACUGGGGUUCUCCAGUUGCUUGGACAAUAUACGGCGUAUUCACGUCUCAACUUGGUGACCUCGAAAAGAAUAUUCUACUUGAAAAUGGUACACAAAUAGCCGUGCCUCAAUUCCUCAAGGAUAGCAUGGGUUUUGAUCAUGAUUUCCUUAUACCUGUAGUCCUUGCCCAUGUUGGUUGGGUCUUGCUCUUUUUCUUCAUUUUCGCCUACGGCAUUAAGUACCUUAACUUCCAGAGGAGAUGACAAAGUUGAUUGCAUGGCUAAGGAACCAAAAAGAACUUGAAUAUGUAAUGAUACAACAGUUUAGUUCACAAUAUCCAUAGACUCAUGGCAGUAGAGAAGAACAGUACAUAUACUGUCUACUGCCUCUUUUUUUUUUUCUUUUUGUUUUCUCUAAACUUUCUAUUUUCCUUGUAAAUUUAUUUUGCCUAGUGAUUACUUAAUUUCUUAUCAUAGUGUAUACCGUAUAAUUUUUAUUCUAGCAAAUUCCUAUAUUUUUUUAAUAAUAUAUGAAGAAAAUUCCUUCAUAUUC